AGAAGGUGAGAUGUCCUCCUCAGAUUUAUCUGCAAGGUUUGUCAGCCAGGAUACAUUGGAAGAGAAAAGGAAGAAAAGACAAGAAGAGUGGGACAAAAAGAGGGGGCCUGAUGAUCCAGAAGAAUGUCCAGAGGAAGUGGUCGACAACAGAUCUUUGUAUGAACGUCUACAGGAACAGAAAAACAAGAAGGACCAGGAGUAUGAGGAGCAUGUAAAGGGACUAGAAGAAGAUGAGGUAGCAUUUCUUGACCAUGUGUCAGAUCGACAGAUUGCCAUAGAAAAAGCUCGGAGUAGCGAGGAAGCUAGAAUAGAGGACUCCAGGCCAAAAGAGGAAAAGAAACCAGUUAAACAACAGAUAGGAGCAACAUCAAAUAAAAAAUCACAACAGGCAUUACUAGCUGGAGUUGUUAAGAGGAAAAGUGUUGAAACAAGUGAAGAAAGCAAAAAGAGGAAACUCUCAUCAGAAGAAACUUCAGAACAGAAGACACCAUCAUCAAAAUCACAGGGUCUGCAGACGGCUAAAAUAAUUGGCAUUUUGCCAGGACUUGGUGCCUACGAUAAUGACACUAGUGACUCGGAUACUUCUAGCAGUGAUUCAGAAGUGGAGGACAUCAAAGUGGCACCCGCUAAAAUUCACCUCAAAGUGGUGGAACAAGAGUGAUGCAUUCUGGGAAUGUUUGUGUCCAUCCUAUAGAAUGUGCCUGGUUAUAAUGAAAGUGAAAGUGCAAGCAUUUCAUUGGUACCUUUAGGCAUGAAUAUGAAAGUUCCAUUAUAAUGUGGAUAAAAAGUAAAUCAUUAUCUACAUAUCUACAUAUAGAUAGAUAGGUAAUUAUAUUGGGUUAAGGCUUUGUUGCAUCUAGAAAGCUAAAAUCAUAAGUCCCACAAUAUUUUGGGGAAGAUACAAAAUUUUAAUUAUUGAAUGUAUGGUAAAUUACAAUUGACUCAGGGGUACUUUUACCAAAACAUUUCUAAAUGAUGAAUGGUGAACAGUUCUUGAAACUUGUGAUUUAUGCAAUAUGUCAGUUUAUCUUAACUUAUUCAUGAAACCUUUGCUGUUGUUUUCAUGUUCCAGCACAAUAUGCCUGAAUCAUUUAUGAGAACCACCAAAUAAAAAGCCAUAUAUAGUUGUUCUUGUCAAGACUGAGAUCUGAAUAGAAUACAUGCAACAUGAAAAAAUGUAAUUAACUACAUGAAUUAUUUACAGAAAUUCAAAAUUGAAAUUCAGUGCAUAUUAUUGCAGUUUUUAAUUAAGAUGUUAAUCUUUUUUAUGGUACAGUUAGUGGCUUCUUUUGGUGUGGAAAUUGCAACAUACUAAUAUUUUUUUUUAAAGUUGCUGAAAACUAUGACAUAAAUCUUAGAGGUAGAAUUCAUAGAUUAACCAUUGGAUAAGUAAUUCUGGGGGAAAAUUGCUGCUGGAUGUUUUAUGCAUUAAUUUCAAAAAUACCUCUACUUCAUACUGUUUACAGUUUGAAUAUUUCUUGUUUCUUUAAAACUUUACUAGUAUUAGUAAACACUUACUGCAGACCUUUGUAACACAACAUCUUUAAAAUUCAGAAUUAUUUUAAAAAUCAAUAAUAGAUACUAGUUCACAUAACAAGGUCAUGGAAGCUUAAUUUCAAAUGUUUUCAUAAGAAACCACCUGGUAAUGGAAUUUUACAAAUAGAAUGAAAUGGCCAGGUUUCAUUUCUGAUUUUGAACCAACAGCACGAAAAAUUCAAACCAGUUUGAUUUAAAAAAAACAUUUUACAUGAUAAAUAGGUGGCCCAGGUGUAAACUGGAUAAAAAUAUUUAUUAUACCCCCCGCAAACGAAGUUUAGGGGGGGUAUAUUGGAAUCACCAUGUCCGUCUGUCCGUCUGUCUGUCUGUCUGUCUGUCUGUAGACGAGAUUUUGUCCGGACCAUUACUCAGAAACUAUUGGAAGGAUUUGUCUGAAAAUUUGUACAAAUAUUAUUCACCAUAUGAAGUUGUGCACCUGAUAUUUUCAUCUUGAUUCGAUUAUUAUUUUGAAUUUUACAGGUGUUUUUUCAUUUUUAUUUUGUGGUUUUGUCCAGACCGUUUCUCAGAAACUAUUGCAAGGAUUAAUCUGAAAAUUUGUACACUUAUUAUUCACCAUAUGAAGGUGUGCAAUUGGAAUUUUCAACUCUUUUUGUUCAUUUUUUUUGCAUUUUACAGGUUUUAUUUUUUAUUUUAAUUGACUUGUUCAUUUUGGGCUCAUGUAUAAGGUUUGAGACAUAGAAUCUAGAAAUUCUGUACAAAAAUACUACAGCUUAAAACUACUCAUAUAAACUUUAAAAAAAGAAACAUCAUCAAUUGUUAAAAACAGUUUUUACAUUG